AUGAACAGGCUGAAUAGUGAUGCAGUGGCGGCUACGAUCCCGACUUUGAAAGUGCUGACAGGAGCCGAAAUGAUUACGCCGUCUACCCGUUGUCGGUACAAGACUGGUCGUUGCACGAAACCACGGGCAGUAAAAGCGAACGGCACGUUACUUUUACUUUGCGAAUACCAUCGCAAUCAGCAGAAUCGGACCAAGAAGCGUAGUGAUGUAAAAUGCCGCCACAACCGUGCCAAGAAACGCCAGGCUCAACGAGCGAUUUUGCAACAGAAACAGCUUCCGGUUGUGCCGGUCGGCGAAGAGCGCAGCACCUUGUCGUGGACUCCGACCACAUUACCGCUCGCUUCGAUCAUCGCACCACAUAUGGAUGAAUAUGCUGCGCCAAGUCCAUUGACCGUGACUGAUCCAGAAAAAGUCUUUGAAUCAACGAGCCCCACAGCCGCCGACUUCGAUGUGUCGUUGGUAAAUCGGGUUCCGCGUUGUGUGUCUCCCAAUGUUCCGCCAACGAUGUGUUUACAGGACAUCAACAGCUUUGCUCUGGAGGACAUUUGGCUCCUUGAGUACUUUAUUCUUUGA